CCUCCGAUCUACUGCCUCCGAUCUACUGCCUCAGAUCUACUGCCCUCCGAUCUACUGCCUCAGAUCUACUGCCCUCCGAUCUACUGCCUCAGAUCUACUGCCUCAGGUCUUGCCUGUCGCCUUCGAUCUUUGAUCCACCACCACCACCGACGCCGCCGCCGCCGCCGUUGCCGAUACGGCCGCUCAUCCGAGAUGCGAUCGUCGCCGAGUGACUUUGUGCUGGCCUAUAUCCGAUCGGUGGGCUCGGCAUCGUCAGGGGCUCUUGCCCAGGCCUUCCCCGUCCAUCCAACAGCCGACUCGGUGCUGCCGGUGCUGCCGGUGCUGCCAGCGCUGCUGCAAGUCAUCCAGACCAUCCCGAUCGCCGACAUCGAGAGCAUGGCCAGCCGGUACUCGCAGCCCCGGUGUCUGUCGCCCGUCAUUGUCGCAUACCUCAAGUAUCUGCGGAUCUAUUCGUCCUUUACGAAUCCCUUGACCCUGUUCGAGCCCUUUCUGAAGGUCUACGAUGCUGUCUUUGCGAUUCUCCAGAACGAUGAGCCCUUUUCGAUUCUGCCGCUAUGGAGACUCGUCUGCAAGAACCUCGUCAGCCUGGCGCUCGAGAUUGACGAAUACUGGAGGGCCCGCAACCAGGCCUCGACAAAGACGUCGGAUGUGCAAGCGAAGCUGAAUGCGUCGAUACGGAACCUGGCUCCAGACCGUGCCGAGACUGCUGAGGCCAGGGCCGGUCUGCUCGUGGCCGUCAAUAGUGCAUACUCGCUCUAUUUCCAGAUGGACGAGCUGACCUUGGCCGAAAAGAUGCAAAACCUCCUGCUGAACUUCAACAUCGACUUUAGGAGCUUUUCUCGGCCGCAGGAGCUUCUGAUGUACCACUACUAUACCGGCAAGUAUGCUCUCCUCAAGCACGACUGUCUCAAGGCCGCGCGGCAGCUGAGCGAGGCAUAUUCCUGCUGCCCAAGCUCGGCGCCGAGGAGCAAACGACGGAUCCUCAUCAGCUUGAUCAUUGCCAAGCUCUGCCUCGGCGUCUUUCCGACCACGGCUCUAUUGGCACACUUUGGACUCGUCGAGGUGUUUGACGGACUCAUCGGCUCGGUGCUGCAAAACAACUACAUGGGCUUCCUGGAGCACCUCGAGAUGCAACGCGAGUUCCUGAUCCGGCACGAGGCAUAUUCGCUUCUCAAGUUUCGUCUGACCACAGUGAUCUACCGCAACGUCAUCCGCAAGACAUCCCUAUUGGUCGAUUCGUUCCCGGUGCUGCAUCUGAGCAGUGUACUUGUGGCAUUCGAGCUCGCGGGAUUUUCCGAUUUUACGAUCGACGACAUGGAGAGUCUCUGCGUUGGACUAAUCGAUCAGGGAUUCAUCCGCGGAUAUAUGAUCCAUAACCCGCAGCGCAUCGCUCUGUCCAAAACCAACCCGUUCCCACCUAUAUCCUCGGUGAUGAACGCUUAGAGCCGCCGGCGCCCUGCAACGUGCGAGCAGUCAUCGGGCACAGACGAGAUGCAGAAGCGGAUCGGUAUCAAACCUGGGGCCACGGCAGGUGGAUUUGUGCGGAUACGCCAGGGUACUCCAGAGCUUUGACACUCGCCCCGCUUCUUGCAAACGACGUUGCGCGAUUGUGUUGUACUGCAGAGUCAAUCCAGAAGAAAAAGGGACAGUGCCCUCUUCUAUGGCAUCAGCGACCGAUCGUCUUGAAAACACCCCGGUCGAUCUCCUGUGGCGACAAUCGACUGGCAUGAUGUCUCGAUGUGCGAAUGUGGUGCAUGCCUUCGAGCAACUGAAUCAUGCUUUCGAGCGUCUGAACAGCCCCAU